AUGUCAGCACCAGUCGGCCCUAUCCUGGCCCAGCUUCAGAUGCUGCCUGCUCGCUCCAGGCAGGGUAUCAACAACCUCCGGCAACGUCUCUUCCAGCAGGGUGAGAAACCACCCAAGGAGAGUCACUUCCUUCGCACCUCGUUCAGCGUCCACCGUCCCGUGUGGGUUACUGCUGGUGGCGGUCUCUACACAUCCAUGGCUGCUGUGUAUCUCACAAUGCGAUACCUGAGACGGGUCGCUCGGUAG